GCGGCAGUGAGAGGCUAACAAACAGAAUUCACCUAAAAAUGACUGGUUCUCGACAUCUCCGCGGGACGGUUUUAUCCCGAGUACGCAAUUUGCUUCGUUCUGGUGCACUUACGCGGAAACCGGUUUGGUACGAAGUUGUUGAGGCAUUCCCACCUAUUGUAGAGACCAAGAUAAACAGGAGAGCCGAGUCCGGACGAGUAGCCAAAAUUGAAUAUCCAGAAGACUUCUUCAGAAGGAACUUUUAUAAGACAUACCGCACAAAUGCUCUUUUGGAUAUCCGAGAGAAUGUCACACAUGAGCCCCAAGAAUCUGACAGAUUUGUUGAGAAGUGUCAGAAUCUGGUUGGCCAAGGAUUAAGCCGAGAGGAAGCACUGGAAGAGGUUUCACUACUUUUUGCAAAGGGGCAACUGGCCUUGAAUGACGCUGAAGAAAAUGAAGCUGACACAUCAACAGAAGACAAACCAUCUAUUGGGAAUAUAUAUGAUCUUUUGAAGGAGAAAGUAAUACCUGCGAAAACACCAGACAGACAGGACAACGGCAACUAACACAGGCUACACAGUCUUGCAUGCCUUCCAUACAGUAAUACCCUUUAUCUAGUCAUAUCCUUAGUGCUGCCAUGGUAACCAACAAAGGGUGAGUUAUGCUUCAAAAGACAAGAUGAGGUCAAGAGAGAGGUCAACAGCAAGGCAUAUACACCUACUGUAUUUCAAGUAAUGUUGUACUUGGAGAAUCUGUGUAUUGGAACCCACAGUGCUUCAUAGGUAUCAAGUCAAUGAGCAAAUAAGGGAAAAUAUAAAUCCAGGUUUCAAAAGCUGUAGAAUUCUUGUUUAUGUUAUUAAUUAUGAUAAUUCACAUGGCUUUCAGAUACAAGGAUUCAGCUGUUUAUAGGCUACCCAUGAGCCAACACGGGUUAUGACCCACAGAUUCUCGAGUGCAACCUUAUUUGAAAUAGGUCUAUACCAUUUUCCCUCCUCUGUGUCAUAAAUGGUACUUUUAAGGUUUAAUCCCUGUUUUGAUGUAUAAAAAACAUUUAUAGUAUAAUAAUUACAUAUAACUUAAGUGAUAUGCAGAACCUUCUUAGUAGGCAAAGUGAGCUCUCCACAUAAUGUCAGAACUUGAGACAUUUAAAAAAUAUACUGUUCAGUUUUUACAAAUAUAAAUAACUGGCCUUGUAUCAGUAUAAUUUAAAA